AUGGAGACAACUGACAUGGACAACGACACCCGCGGCUGGAUCAUGUGCGCCGUGAGCGGCAUAGCAUGCACCGUGGGCGCCUUUGUAAUAUGCAUCGACAUUCCUGUCCGUCUCAUUCCGGGCCAACGCCAUUUUCGCAUCCAAGAAAGCAACGGCUUCCUUGCAAGCUCGCUCAGUUUGAGCUUCGGUGUCAUGCUGUUCUCUGCCUUGUAUAGUAUGCUGCCCUCAGCGAUGCGUUACCUCGAAAAAGACGAGUGGGAGCCUCAAGCAGCCGGCUUCCUGAUGAUGGCCUGCUUUGUUGGCGGCUUCUUUGGCAUUCAAAUCAUCUCGCGAGCGCUCCACCAGUACAUGCCCUCGCACGUCGUGGAUUGCGAUCACACCCACAAGGAGCUCCCCGACGAGGAGCACUCCACUUACCAUGGCCGCGUGACAAGCAGGGGCCGCCUGCGGAGGAUUUCUUCCCAUUCAGCUGGUGAUGACCGUCCGGACAUGGUAGAGACACAUAGCGGCACCGAGUCCACGCCCCUGCUGCACGGGGACUCAUCGCAGGAUGGCCAUGUCCAUACCAAGGUGCUGAAUUCCGAGUCUACGCCGACCGGUGAGGCCGUCACACACUUCAAGGCUCGACCGAGCAGUUCGUUCCCCCAACCUCGGCGCCCGUCGCUCAUGCGGGUCCGGACCCGAGUCAUGUCCUUUUUCAAAGACACCAAGGCAAAUUGCGAUGAGGACGGCCCUUGUUAUGGGUAUUCAGACCCCUGCGGCCAGGAGUGCUUCAAACAUAUCAGCACACGCUCCGCCAUUGCCAGGCAAGCGGUUCUACGCGCCGCAGCGAGCUCAAUAUCACCCGGUCUAACCGGCGAUUCUGAAGAGGACGUGGACGUUUCUCUUAUGAGUCCCCAAUAUCGUGCCAUAAGCCGCUCGCAUUCGCACGAUCAUGGCCACAGCCAUCACGAUGCUCACGAGCCCCACGCCCGCUCGUACAUGUCAGACAGCCGCUCCGAGUGCUUGUCUACAAUAGAGCCGGAUAUUGAAGCUCAACACCACCAUCACGUCCCGACAAACGCAUUCCUGUCCAUCGGGCUACAAACUGUCAUUGCCAUCGCGCUACACAAGUUUCCGGAGGGCUUCAUCACCUACGCCACCAACCACGCGAGCCCUUCGCUCGGGUUCAACGUGUUCAUGGCCCUCUUUGUCCACAACAUUGCCGAGGGCUUUGCCAUGGCGCUGCCGUUGUACAUGGCCCUAGGCAGCCGCCUGAAGGCCAUCUUUUGGUCUUCGCUACUAGGCGGCCUCAGCCAGCCCUUAGGCGCCGCUGUCGCUGCUGCGUGGUUCAAGCUUGCCAAGAAGUCAGACUUUGUUAUCAACAACACUGCCUAUGCAUGCCUCUUUGCUGUCACGGCCGGCAUCAUGGUCAGCGUGGCCUUGCAGCUGUUUGUCGAGAGUCUAAGCCUGAACCAUAACAGGAAUCUGAGUAUAUUCUUUGCAUUUUUGGGCAUGACACUUUUGGGUGUGAGCAAUGCGCUUGUGACACAUUAG